UGAAAGGCCGCUUGCUUUUUACGCUGCUAACUAGUGUAUUUUGGUUGGUUGAAACACGUGGCUCAGCUGGGGUCAACGUGACAAGCCUUGAUGCGGAGUGGAGUGCCUUCAAGCUGAAAUACGACAAGUAUUACUCGUCGCCAAUAGAAGAUGGGGCAAGGAAGCUGGCAUACCUUCGAAACCGCCUAAAAAUUGCAGAACACAACAACAGAUACGCAAGAGGAGAAGUCGCCUAUACACGCAAAAUAAACAAGUUCGCCGAUAUGCUACAAGAGGAAGUCGAACGUAUAACUACAGCUGGAAGACACAUUGUUUCAUCACAGAGCAAUUGCCGCAGAUGGAAAAACACUCCACUACGAACGCUCAACACGUCAGUUUUGCCAGACAGCAUCGACUGGAGAAAGAAAGGAGCAGUGACUCCUGUGAAGACGCAGGGGCCGUGCCCAGCUACGUGGGCCUUCAGCGCGACCGGAGCACUGGAAAGUCAACAUUUCAUACGGACGGGCCAACUCGUGGAGCUAAGUGAGCAGAACCUCAUCGACUGCUCCCAAGAUUUUGGCAACUUGGGAUGUGAAGGGGGCCGAGCAGAUCAAGCUUUUGAAUACAUCAUCCAAAACAAGGGCGUCGACCUUGAAGAGCUGUACCCGUAUGCUUUCAAGACCAUGCCAUGCGCAUUCGACAAGGGUGCUGUCGGUGCGACCAUGUCCAGUUUUCACACAGUCCCUCAAAUGUCUGAAGAGCAACUGCAGAUUGCUGUAGCCACUGUGGGACCUGUUGCAGUGGUCAUCGAUGCCGAGCACGAUGAUUUUUUCCAAUAUGACCAAGGUAUAUAUGACAAUCCAUUUUGUAGAGCCAGUGAAGUCAACUACGGCCUUUUAGUAGUUGGCUACGGCACCACCAACGGCAUUGAUUACUGGAUAUGCAAAAACAGCAUGGGACCUGACUGGGGCGAACGCGGUUACAUAAGGAUGGCGAGAAACAAGCAAAACCAGUGUGGCAUCGCUACUUCGGCCACUUAUCCGGAAAUCUGAGUCACUUGGAGCACGUCUUCAAGCAAAACGUGCCUUGACACGUGCUCCUGAC